UAAGGGCGGAUCAGGUGUUAAAUAUGAAUCCAAAAUUGCAUAGGUUGGUGACAUUUGGACUGGCCAUCUGUUUAGUCCAGAGUAAUGCCGUUCCAAAGACUAUUCUCGCCAAUGGCAAUGAUUGUCCAGACGAUCGUUUGAUGAAAUCCAGAACUUGUAAAUCCAGCAUGGAAAAUCUUAGAAACCAGUAUAGAGAUACUUUGAGCAAUUUACAGGAUGUUCUAGCCAAAACUAUCGACGAGGUUGAUAAAGCCGCAAGCCGACAACUUGAACCUUUAUGUAGUAAACUGUCCUUACAAACACCACUUAUUCGAGCAGAAGACGUACAGAAAUGCGUUCUUUCACAGUGGUCGGAAUGGUCUAAGCCACAGGGUUUCGGAAAGAUAAAAAGAACCCGAGAAAUCAAGAUAAAUGGUUGUGGAUGCCCAGACGAAUCUGAACUCGUACAAACAGUUGAUGUUAGCAAAUAUACCAACGACAAUACAAGUGUUGCUGAUCAAUUCCAAGGAGAAUUUCUAACCAAUGGAAGCAACCCAAACCUACCACGUGACAUUUUGAUCGUACUUGAUUCCAGUGGUAGUAUCUAUGACAAGGACUUUGAACUAAUGAAAGAUGGUCUAGAGAUUAUGAUAGAUCUUUUCUGUGGUGGCUUUGGACCAGACAAGAGUAAUAACCGAAUGGCUAUAAUACAGUUUGCUACCAACGUCACUAUCAUUCAUGAGUUCGGUGAUGACCAGGACCCAGAAACAUUGAAGGAAAAAGUACGCAAACUUCGCCAUUAUGCCGGUAACACCUGUACCGGAGAUGCCAUGGACGUUGCUUCCAGAGAUAUAUUUAAUUCCGUUAAUGGUAUGAGAGAUUACACAGUAAAAGAUACCCUAUUAGUGACAGACGGACAAUCUAACUGCGGUGUUGAUCUGCAUUACACAGUUUCAACAUUCCUCCAGAAAAAGUCUAAGGUCUGGGCCUUGGGUGUUGGCCUAGCAACUUCACCAGCUGCUAAGAAGGAAGUGGAAUCCGUAGUCACCGACAGAAAUGCUAAACACAUCUUUUCUUUGGCUCAAUUUACCGAUUUCAAAGCAAUGAUUGACAAUAUUAAGGCCCGCGGUACUAGUGACCCGUGCCAGAAAAUUGAAUUGUAAUAGAUUAAUAACCUUGACCAAAGAUAUGUUACAUUCCUGCCAAUCCCCUCCACCCCGAAAAUAAACACAUGAACUACAGGCGAAUAUUACAAUAAAUAACUUUUACCAUGAUGAUGACGAAGAAGAACAUGUAAGGAAAGCAUUUGUUUUUGUUGUUUUUUUUAUCUAUUUGUAGAAUAAAUUAAUAUAUGGUUUUUUUGUUAAUCCUCCCAACAUCCACGAUAUAUUGAAUAUUUAAUAGCCGAAUGAUAAAUUUACAGUUGUCACAGUUCAGUUAAUUCUUCAUAAAAUUUGAUGUUUAAAACAGUAAAAUUAGAAUUUGUUGUUCAAAAAAAUAAAAAUUAAAUUUUACAUUUAAAACAGUGUUUAUGUUCUC